UCUUCCUCUCUUUCUUGCCUGCAUUUUCUUCGAAUACACCGAAGCAACUAGCUAAUUAAUACCUGAGAGCGUGAUAUCUGUAAUGGGAUCCAAAUCUCCUUUGUGCCAAUCAGCUCCUCGAUUUGUAAAUCAGUGCUCAUGCACAACCAUGUUCAUAUCACAUUUUCCUUUAUAGCAGAAUCAUCCAUUUCCCACUCCAAAACAAGUCUCUUUCUGAUAUAUGUAUUCGGGAAGUGGAAACUCGAUUCCAGAAGUAUAUGAACUCGUCGUCUUAUCCAGAUUCAUCAUCAUUCUUCCUCGUCAGAUUGGUUGGAAUUGGAUGUGUGUGGCCCAGCAGCCAUUUGCAUUUCCCACGCAGUGAACAUUUGAAAUCGCUGUUGUUGUUGGGAGGCAAAGGCAACCAUCACCAUCACCAUCGCCAUCACCAUGAACGGCCACCAUACGGUUAACAUCGCUAACAUUAACAGGCACCCCAACGAAGAUGACGACAAUGCCCACCCUCCCUCCUCCGACAACAACCACCAUGAUGAUGACGAAGAAGAACUCGUUGAUCCCGAUGAUCCUUUUGACAUUACUCAAACCAAGAACGCAUCGCACGACACGCUUCGCCGUUGGAGACAAGCAGCACUCGUGCUCAAUGCGUCCAGGCGUUUUAGAUAUACUUUGGACUUGAGAAAGGAAGAAGAGAAAGAGCAAAAGAAACACUUGAUUAGAGCCCAUGCACAAGUCAUAAGAGCAGCACUGCUUUUCAGAUUGGCCGGUGAACGUGAACUAGUGAUAAGUACAGCAGCGUCACCCCCAACUCCAGCCGGUGACUAUGAUAUUGGGCUCGAACAACUUGUUUCAAUGGCUAAGGAUCAGAAUAUUUCUGCUUUACAACAAUAUGGAGGGAUUAGAGGCUUAUCAAAUUUAAUAAAAUCUAAUCCGGAUAAAGGUGUUAGUGGAGAUGAUGCUGAUCUGUUAAAAAGGAAAAAUGCAUUUGGAACUAAUACAUAUCCUCGGAAAAAAGGAAGAAGUUUCUGGAGGUUUUUAUGGGAAGCUUGGCAAGAUCUGACUCUCAUAAUACUGAUAAUAGCUGCUGCGGUGUCAUUGGCACUUGGAAUAAAAACAGAGGGUUUGGCUGAAGGAUGGUAUGAUGGGGGAAGCAUUGCUUUUGCAGUUCUUCUUGUCAUUGUAGUUACAGCUGUCAGUGAUUAUCGGCAAUCUCUGCAGUUUCAGAAUUUGAAUGCAGAAAAACAAAAUAUACAAUUGGAGGUUAUUAGAGGUGGGAGAACAAUUAAAAUUUCAAUAUUUGAUAUUGUUGUUGGUGAUGUUAUACCCCUUAAAAUAGGAGAUCAGGUUCCUGCUGAUGGAGUAUUAAUCACGGGCCAUUCACUUGCAAUUGAUGAAUCCAGUAUGACUGGUGAAAGCAAGAUUGUUCAUAAGGAUCACAAAACACCAUUUUUUAUGUCUGGUUGCAAAGUAGCAGAUGGAGUUGGUCUUAUGCUGGUAACUGGUGUUGGUAUAAAUACCGAAUGGGGAUUGUUGAUGGCUAGUAUCUCAGAGGACAAUGGAGAAGAGACUCCAUUACAGGUACGCUUGAAUGGAGUAGCAACUUUUAUUGGUGUAGUUGGGCUUAGUGUAGCUGUUUUAGUGCUUGCUGUCCUCUUGGGCAGAUACUUUUCCGGCCAUACCAAAGAUUUAGAUGGAAAUGUUGAAUUUGUUGCCGGAAAGACUAGUCUUAGCAAUGCAGUAGAUGGGGUCAUCAAAAUUUUUACCAUUGCAGUCACAAUUGUGGUCGUUGCAGUGCCUGAAGGUCUACCUUUGGCUGUUACCUUAACCUUGGCAUACUCAAUGCGGAAAAUGAUGGCAGACAAGGCCUUGGUACGGCGGCUAUCAGCCUGUGAAACUAUGGGCUCUGCCACAACAAUUUGCAGUGAUAAGACAGGAACAUUGACCUUAAAUCAGAUGACUGUAGUUGAGGCAUAUGUUGGGAGCACAAAAGUAAAUCCACCGGAUGACUCAUCAAAGUUGCAUCCAAAAGCAUUGUCUCUGAUAAAUGAGGGCAUUGCACAGAAUACAACCGGAAAUGUUUUUGUACCCAAGGAUGGUGGAGAAACAGAGGUAUCCGGAUCUCCUACAGAGAAGGCUAUUCUUUCAUGGGCAGUCAAGUUGGGUAUGAAUUUUGAUGUUAUAAGAUCAAAUUCAACAGUUCUCCAUGUCUUCCCCUUCAAUUCUGAGAAAAAGCGAGGUGGUGUUGCUUUGAAGCUGGGGGAUUCUGGAAUACAUAUACAUUGGAAGGGAGCCGCAGAGAUAGUUCUAGGAACAUGUACUCAAUAUCUUGAUUCAGAUGGUCAAUUGCAAUCCAUUGAAGAAGAUAAGAAGGCUUUUUUCAAGGAUGCUAUUGAUGACAUGGCUGCUCGCAGCUUGCGUUGUGUAGCCAUUGCAUACAGAUCCUAUGAACUAGACAAAGUUCCAUCUAGUGAGCAGGAUUUAGACCAAUGGUCCUUACCGGAAUAUGAGCUUGUUUUGCUUGCUAUUGUUGGAAUAAAGGAUCCUUGUCGCCCUGGUGUCAAAGAUGCUGUAAAAGUAUGCACUGAUGCUGGUGUUAAGGUACGCAUGGUUACUGGAGACAACCUUCAAACAGCAAAGGCAAUAGCUUUGGAGUGUGGCAUACUGGCUUCAAUUGAAGAUGCUGUUGAGCCGAAUAUAAUUGAAGGAAAGAAAUUCCGUGAACUAUCUGAAAAGGAAAGAGAAGAUAUUGCCAAGAAAAUAACUGUGAUGGGGAGGUCUUCUCCUAAUGACAAGCUUUUGCUUGUGCAAGCUCUACGUAAAGGAGGGGAAGUUGUUGCGGUCACAGGAGAUGGCACCAAUGAUGCUCCUGCCCUACAUGAGGCAGAUAUUGGUCUUUCUAUGGGCAUCUCCGGAACUGAAGUUGCAAAAGAAAGCUCAGAUAUUAUAAUCCUAGACGACAACUUUGCAUCAGUAGUAAAGGUUGUCCGCUGGGGCCGCUCUGUAUAUGCAAAUAUUCAGAAAUUUAUCCAGUUCCAGCUUACAGUUAAUGUUGCUGCUCUUGUAAUAAAUGUUGUGGCAGCAAUAACUUCUGGUGAUGUUCCUUUAAAUGCAGUGCAGCUUUUGUGGGUUAACCUUAUCAUGGAUACACUUGGGGCGCUUGCACUGGCUACUGAACCACCAACAGACCGCCUAAUGCACAGAUCACCAGUUGGCCGAAGAGAACCUCUUAUAACAAAUAUCAUGUGGAGAAACUUGAUCGUACAGGCUGCCUAUCAAAUCGCAGUUCUCCUCGUCCUUAACUUUUGUGGUGAAAGUAUUCUACCAAAACAAAAUACCAGAGCUGAUGCCUUUCAAGUGAAGAAUACUUUAAUAUUCAACGCGUUCGUCCUGUGCCAAAUAUUCAAUGAAUUCAAUGCUCGGAAACCCGAUGAAAUGAAUGUUUUCCGUGGAGUGACCAAGAACAAACUUUUCGUGGGAAUUGUUGGAGUGACCUUUAUACUUCAGAUAAUCAUCAUCGAGUUCCUUGGAAAGUUCACCUCAACGGUGAGGCUUGAUUGGAAGCUAUGGCUUGCUUCUCUUGGUAUUGGAUUUGUCAGUUGGCCCCUUGCUAUAGUCGGAAAAUUCAUUCCAGUUCCCAAAACACCAUUGGCUCGUUACUUCUUGAAGCCACUCAGGCGAUUGAAGAGGUCUAGGUCUCGUGCUACACAAUAGGCAUCGCGUGGAUAACCAGCCAUGCAUAUUAAGCUAACGCCUUACAGGUUACAAUAUACUAGUAUAUAUUAUUACUGCUCCAUAUUGCCGAACUAUCCUUCUAGAAUUCGAAUGUAAUGUAUAUUAUUCAAUAAAUCCCAAAGGGUUUAAACAUAAAGCAAUCAUUACGUGAUUCCUUUUACUUUUAACAUCAUUUCAUUUUAUAAAAAAAAUUUGGUUCAAAUGUACAUUGUAACAUUACAAGAUAUUGUUAGAGUUGUUCCUUGUCACUUUAGAAAUACUAUCAAACUGAUUUUCUAGCAUUGGCAAGGUUCGAUUCCCCAAACUAAUUAAGGAAAACAUAGCGUAUUUUAGCCAUUUAUAUUUCAUAUA